AUGCCUACCUAUGUUUCACACCUCUCGAACCUUGCUCCCAGCCCAAGGCCCGCGAAUAGGCCUAGCAACUCACAACCAACGCACCAAUACUACGACUCUUUCCCGACGUUAUGCAGCAAGUUCCGAGAUCUCGACACUGAUGGGGUCUACGAAGAGUGUAAGGCGGCUGUCAUGAAUGAGGCGACCCGCAACUUCAUUAUCGAUUUUGGAGGUGCAGCAGAAGAGGGGGGUGCCGCGUGGUGUACACUUGAUCUUGAUGAUUCGCCGGCUACGGUGGAGGCAGUUAAGGGCUUGUUAGGAAAAGAGAGACCACGAGAGCUACGAACUCGAUGGAUAAACAUCUUCUCCCCACACACACAGCAGCCACUUGUUAGGGCUAUCGCGCAACACUAUGGACUUUCGUCGCGGCAUACUAGCGCCUUGAUGGCAUCUCCACAACGUGUUGAGACUGUUCAGAAGAAGCCGGUUCAGCACCAACAGCAAAUGCUGGAGAGGCUCCGAAAUAGUUUGCAUAGAGGUCGAGAUGUCGAGAAUGCAGCUCAAGAUACCAAUGAAGCUACCCGUUUGGCUGGAGGAAAUGUGCCUCCAGGGCGAGCGGGGCAGGGAUAUAUGGAUCUUGUCAGUAGUGUGUGGCACUGGCAUGCUGUGGAGUGGGGCGGUAGAUUUAUGUGUAUCGGCUUCAACCUUCUUCAUCAGAUCCCUGAGGAAGAUGAAGUUUCCAGUGCCGAGAACGGGGAGGACACAGACUACGAAGAUGAGUGGGAGUGGUCCGGCGACAAAGACGGGAAAGCUUCCAUGGACAAGGGCGAGAACUACCCACAAGGAAAACGGCUCUGGAGCUGGCUAGUUCUCUGUGAUGAUGGUACCGUUAUAGCACUACACGAGCCAACUGGAAAGGUCUCAGUAGACCAGAUGAAGUUGAUACGGAAAAACAUGUUUACUGUGUUCCGAUCAUUAUCUCAAUCACCCAAGGCUCAGGAUGAAGCGAAGAACUCUUACGACCUGAAUUCAGGAUUGGAGGAGAUGCCGUUCAGACGUAUCCAUACCAAAGGUGAUAAGAGGGAGGAUGUUGAUAGCGCACCGAGUUUACUAUUCUACUACCUUUUCGACGACUGGUACUCCUCUCUUGGUCUUGUAGUUGGCCGAGGUUACCCUUACAGCAUCCACAUGAGCAAUCUCCGGCAAGAGAUGCAACGCAAUCCCAAGCUUUCCCAUAUCUCUCGUCUCCAUCGUCUUGCCCGCCAACUUGCAACGCUGAAACGGAUGUAUGAAACCAAGAAGAUAAUAAUUGACAAUGUUCUCUACCGACAAGAAAAUUCUCUGUCCAACCGCUCAAGCAGUCAACUACAACCUCCUCCCACUCCUCCCGACCCUCAUGACCCGGCCCCGACUCUUGGCGACCCCAAUAUCCUCGGCGUGCCCCUCUCUCCGACUGCCAUCGCAAAGUUUGAGCGUCUUCGGGACCGCGUGAAGCUUUAUGCUCUCGGUGAAAUCGAGGACUGUCUUGCCGAGAAGACGGAGUUGAUAUCCAUGACGUUCAAUCUGCUAGCAAUGCGGGAAUCACAGGCCGUAGAGCGCCUCUCCCGUGUAGCCAUCUUCUUGACAAAGUUCACAUUUCUGUUCCUGCCGCUCACACUGAUCACGGGAUAUUUUUCGAUGCAGCUGAAAGAUAUGGACGACUACACACAAGCACAUUUUUGGGCUGCGAGUGGAAUUUUCGUGGCGUUGAUGAUAUUAAUACUAUAUAUGGUAGGUAAGAGCACGGAUACCUUAGAGACUGGGGUUAUAUGGAAGAGCGUAAAGGAAAUGUGGUUCCCAUGUUUGGGAAGGAAGAAGAAGAAGAAGAAGGGAGGGAAGGGUGGAAGGCGGUCGUAUUGA